AUGGCGGACGAUGAGCAAUGGAGCGGUAUGGAGAACACGAUUGAGGAUCCGGAGGAGACGAGGGUGAUAUUCUGCGCGCUGGAUUCGUUUCUCCAAUAUGCCAAAGUGGCACAUUUCAAUGUAACCCACCUCCGCCGACAGUCGUUCUACGCCCUGCCCCAGGCGCACUGGCAAAUGCUCGCCGCACCGCCCUUCAACUUCCUCGACACCCUUGAGCGCACCGACGAGGCCAUCGAGGCCAAUGCCGAGCUCGCUCACGCCAUUGCACACAACGGUCUGCGCUCCUUCCACCUCGUUCCGGAAGGCUCGACGGAAGAGCCGCGCUUGCCCGAUGCCUGGGUCGGGGUCGCUAAGCACAAUGACACCGACAAGGCCCGCAGCACUCUCCGCCAAUUCUACCGCGACUGGUCCGCCGAGGGUGCCGAGGAGCGGCGUGUAUGCUACGAUCCCGUGCUAGACGCCGUCGACCGCGAGCGUCAAGCACGCCCGUCACCCACAUCGGCCCCAGCAGAGCCUCUCAAGGUCCUCGUCCCCGGUGCGGGUCUCGGCCGUCUCGUUUUUGAGCUAUGUCGUGCGGGCCAUGACGCCGAGGGCAACGAGAUAUCCUACCACCAGCUUCUUGCCUCAUCGUAUAUCCUCAACUGCACAAAGACCGCGGGGCAGCACAAGAUCUACCCCUGGGCGCACUCCUUCUCCAAUCACCGCACCCGGACGAACCACCUCCGCAGCUGCGCGGUGCCAGACAUCCACCCGGCGACGCAACUCGCCGCCGCGGGGCCCUCCGCCGGAAGCAUGUCCAUGUGUGCCGCCGACUUCCUCUGCCUGUACGCCGACGACGAUCACCGUGCUGCGUACGACGCCGUCGCCACCGUCUUCUUCCUCGACACGGCGCCCAACCUCGUGCGGUACCUCGAGACGAUCCUGCACUGCCUGCGCCCGGGGGGCGUGCUCAUCAACUUCGGCCCGCUGCUGUGGCAUUUCGAGAACAAUGCCCCCGGGAACCACGGCCGCGACACAGACGGCGACGGCGAGCACGACUACAACAACUCGUCGGGCAUCGCGGACCCGGGCAGCUUCGAGCUCUGUGACGAUGAGGUCAUGGCACUGGUUGAGCGAGUUGGGUUCGAGGUGGAGAGGCGCGAGACGGGGAUCGAGGCGCCGUACAUCCACGACCCGGAGAGCAUGUUGCACACGACGUACCGCGCGAGCUUUUGGGUGGCAAGGAAACCUCUCUAG